UUACUAUCUAAUAAAUAACAAAAUAAUUGUAUACAUAUCUUGAAGUGCAUUGAGUUGUAAAUAUUGUAUUUCUAGAACUACACCGUUACGAAAUUUAUUUUUUUGCCUUAUGUCUGCACGGGCCGUGCUACUGCUGAGGCUGAUGGAGGACGUGGCGCGGUACCUGGACCUGAGCGGGCAGCUGCCGGCGCUGGAGCAGGCCGGCCGAGCCCACCAGGGCGCUCCGGCCGAGUGCCGGCCCGUGUUGCGCUUCUCGGUCAGGGUGGACCUGCUCCGCCUGAUCCACCUGUCGGGUCACUGCGGCCGGCUGCUGCUGGCAGAGCCUCUGGUGGCCAGGGACGUCAUCCAGAAGGUGGUACACCUGUCUCUCGAGGCUCUCGUCCCGCAUCUCGUCCUGGGCAGAGACCAAGUGCAGAUAACGGUUCGACUGGAGACCUUCCCUUCGACCAGCCUGUUGACUCGCGGACCUCAGCUCACCGGACUGGUCCUGAUGAAGGGCGUUCUGGUGGCCCGGACGACUACCGUCAAGUACAUCUGCAGCUCGGUGUACCGCUGCCCCACGCCGGGCUGCGGGAACCGGGCGGGCACCCGCCGCGCCGGGCCCACGCUGCUGCAGGGGGCGAGGUGCCGGCACUGCGGGGAGUGUCUGGAGGAGCUGCCCCGCGGCCGCGACACCGGGGACCAGGUGCAGGGCCUCCUGCUGGCCCCCGAGGCCCUCCGCGGCCGCCCGGCCCGGCCCCUGCCCCCCGUGCUGGUCUGCUUCCGAGAUAUCCACGUAAAACCGGGUCACUACUGA